CUCCACCCCUGUCUGCCAGAUCCUUCAUCAAAACCCCGAGCGGCACCAUCAGCUCUGCAAGAAGACUCCCUUUUUUCCAUCCUUGGCUGCUCCAUCCAGAGCUGAGAAACUUCUAUGGAGUUGGAGUGAGAGGGGAGAACCUCGAGGAGCUGCUGGCAUGGGGGGUCGCCCAGACUGGGGGCUGCUGCUCUUACUCAUCACUAUUUUAAGGAUUGCAAAAGAGGGCAAAGGAGACCUGACCUGCUCAUCCUGUCACCAUCACAUUCGUCUGCAGGGCACAGGCGCUGGGCACAUUGUCAAGAGGGUGCAGGGGGGUGCACCAGGUGACUGGCCGGAGACUUUCGCCAAUACUGGCCACCUGACGGUUAACGGUCAGAUGCAGGAUCACUGGGACGAUGGCCGGGAUCUCGGAACCUGGAGCAGGACGGGGGGAGGGGGCGAUGGCAGAUAUUGGGCUGAUGGGUAUGAAGGGGCCGGUGACAGGUUAGGGGAUGCCAGUGCCAGCUUUUUGGAGACUUGGGUUAAUCAAGAGGGUCAGGAGAAGAAAGGGCGGCAAGGAGAACAUGUGGCUGCAGAAUACUUCAUGGAUGUAGACAGUGAUUUGAGUGGCAGGACCGAUCAGAUUGUGGAUGCCAAUGAAAGGAAUGUCCAAUUGGUGGGUGAGGGUCAGGAUUGGGGUUCCCAGACCAGUGACACGAUGCAGACUGACCAGUUUGGAGGGACUAGGAAUGAUGAAGGUGACAGUGUGAGUGGAGCGAUGGCUACUGACCCCCUCGCAGGUGCAGCGUUCCCGACACACAGCCAUAUGCCAAGUGGGCACUCUGCCAGAGACUCUCGAGAGAUGCCCAGCAGGACAGGGAGACGGAUCAGAGAAGCCGAGGGACACAGGGUGGCCCGAGCACAGGCCGGUGACCCGGACAGGGUGAGCCGCUUUCGUGUGGAGGAACUGAAGUUAAGCAGCACAACGUUUGCUCUGACCGGAGACUCUGCUCACAACCAAGCCAUGGUGCACUGGUCCGGACACAACAGCAGCGUGAUACUAAUUCUGACAAAGCUGUACGAUUACAACCUGGGAAGCAUCACGGAGAGCUCUCUUUGGAGGUCGACAGACUACGGGACGACUUACGAGAAGCUGAAUGAUAAAGUCGGAUUAAAAACAAUCUUGAGCUACCUUUAUGUCUGCCCUACAAACAAGCGUAAGAUUAUGCUCCUGACCGACCCAGAGAUCGAGAGCAGUCUGAUGAUCAGCUCGGAUGAAGGGGCCACCUAUCAGAAAUACAGACUCAACUUCUUCAUCCAGAGCCUGCUGUUUCAUCCCAAGCAAGAGGACUGGAUCCUGGCCUACAGCCAAGACCAGAAGUUGUACAGCUCCUCAGAGUUCGGAAGACGUUGGCUGCUUCUCAGUGAAUCGGUGGCACCAAAUCGGUUUUACUGGACGGUGACCGUGUCUAACCGAGAUGCCGACCUCGUCCACUUAGAGACUAAGACCCCGGAAGGACAUGCUCAGUACAUCGUCUGUAAAAUGAACAACUGCUCGGAGACAGUGAGGACAAAGCCCUUCGCAGGAUACAUCGACACUAACUCCCUCAUCGUCCAAGAUGAAUAUGUCUUUGUCCAGCUCACCUCUGGAGGACGCCCACACUAUUACGUUUCCUACAGACGAGAGCCCUUCGCACAGAUGAAGCUGCCGAAGUACGCUCUGCCCAAGGACAUGCACGUGAUCAGCACCGAUGAAAACCAAGUGUUUGUUGCCAUCCAAGAGUGGAAUCAGAAUGAGACGUACAAUCUGUACAUCUCCGACACGCGAGGGAUAUUCUUUACACUCGCUCUGGAGAACGUGAAGAGCAUCAAGGGUCCGGAGGGGAAUGUGAUGAUUGACCUCUAUGAGGUAGCAGGGAUAAAGGGGAUGUUCCUGGCAAACAAGAGGACUGACAACCAGGUGAAGACUUUCAUCACGUACAAUAAAGGACGAGAUUGGCACCUGCUGCAGGCUCCUGACGUGGAUCUGCGAGGAAAUCCCAUCAACUGCAUAUUGCCAUAUUGUUCUUUACAUCUACACUUGAAGGUAUCUGAAAAUCCCUAUACAACGGGUAACAUCGCCAGCAGGGAUACAGCGCCCGGAAUCAUCGUGGCUUCAGGGAACAUCGGAUCAGAGUUAACGGAGACUGAUAUCAGCAUGUUCAUUUCCUCGGAUGCCGGCAAUACAUGGAGACAGAUCUUUGACGAGGAGCACAGCGUCCUGUACCUGGAUCAAGGUGGAGUGCUGGUGGCCAUGAAGCACACCUCUCUACCCAUCCGCCACCUAUGGCUUAGUUUUGAUGAAGGGAGAACCUGGAGUAAAUAUACCUUCACAUCUAAUCCUCUUUUUGUGGACGGCGUUUUGGGAGAGCCAGGGGAAGAGACGUUGAUCAUGACAGUCUUUGGACACUUUGGUCACCGGUCAGAGUGGCAGCUUGUGAAAGUGGACUACAAGUCAAUUUUUGACAGGCGUUGCAAUCCUGAAGAUUAUCUUCCCUGGCAGCUUCAUAGUCAGGGAGAGGCCUGUAUUAUGGGAGCUAGGAGAACCUACAUGAAACGAAGAUCAGAAAGGAAGUGCAUGCAGGGAAAAUACGCUGGGGCCAUGUCUUCAGAGCCUUGUGUCUGCACGGAGGCAGAUUUUGAGUGUGAUUACGGCUAUGAACGGCACAGCAAUGGUCAAUGCCUGCCUGCAUUCUGGUACAACCCAUCGUCCUUGUCCAAAGACUGCAGUCUUGGGCAAAGCUACCUGAACAGCACCGGUUACAGGAAGGUCGUGUCCAACAACUGCACAGAUGGUGUUAGAGAGCAGUACACCGCCAAACCUCAGCAGUGUCCGGGGAAAGCUCCACAUGGUCUCCGAGUCACAACACUGGACGGAAAGUUGACUGCAGAACAAGGACACAAUGUCACAUUUGUGCUGCAAUUAGAGGAGGGUGAUAUUCAAAGAACUAACAUUCAGGUUGACUUUGGUGACGGUAUAGCAGCUUCUUAUGCUAAUCUCAGUGCCACAGAGGAUGGCAUCAAGCAUGUCUAUCAGAACGUGGGCAUCUUUAGGGUCCUGGUGCAAGUAGACAACAGUCUAGGCUCUGAAACGUCUGUGCUUUAUCUCCACAUAACAGCCCCCCUGGAACACAUUCACUUGGUUUUGCCUUUUGUCACCACAAAGAACAAGGAGGUCAAUGCUUCGGUGGUACUCUGGCCAAGCAACGUGGGGACCCUCACCUAUGUAUGGUGGCUCGGAAAUAACAGUGAGCCCUUGAUCACGCUGGAUCGGAGCAUCUCAUUUACGUUUGCAGUAGAAGGGAUGAACAGCAUCACUGUGCAGGUGUCUGCUGGGAACACCAUCCUACAGGACACCAAGACCAUUGCAGUGUAUGGUAAGCACCACACAGUCUACUCAUCCACAAGCAUUCUCAUGGACCUGGAGCUGAUCAAAGCUGGCCUACAAUGCACAAAUACUCUAAAAAAAAUCCACAUUUACUAA